UAAUCGUAAUUAAUAUUGUCAUGUUGUCAAUUUGUCAUCUGUGAUCUGAAUUUUAGUCAAUGAUAUUUUUGUUUGCUUUUGUAGAAUUUAAAUUUUCUUUAAUUGAUAAAUUACACGGUAGCUGAUAUUAUUGCUUGGUUUUUUAUUUUAAAACUUUCAAUAAUCUAUAAUUUAAAAUGUUUAAAGAUGUACACACUACUUCACGGAUUUUAUAAAUACGUUAUUCAGAAAGACGAGUUUUGUGUGCUAAUCUUAGGCCUUGAUAAUGCUGGUAAAACGACAUAUUUGGAGGCUACUAAAACGAAAUUUACCAAAAAGUAUAAAGCGAUGAACCCCAGUCGAAUAACUACUACAGUAGGACUAAAUAUAGGUAAAAUAGAUGUAGAUGGAGUUAGACUUAAUUUUUGGGAUCUCGGUGGACAACAGGAAUUGCAAUCCUUGUGGGAUAAAUACUAUGCUGAAUGUCAUGGUGUCAUAUACAUAGUGGAUUCAUCAGACAGAGAUAGAAUAUCAGAAUCAAAAGAAACAUUCGACAGGAUGAUAGCAUCUGAACAUCUAACCGGCGUUCCGCUCUUGGUGCUAGCUAACAAGCAAGACAUUCCAGAUUGUAUGGGAGUACAUACAGUCAAGCCUAUUUUCAAUCAAAAUGCCCACUUGAUUGGUGCUAGAGACAUUAUGCUAAUGGCCACUUCUGCUCUGACUGGUGAUGGAGUCGACGAAGGUAUAAGGUGGCUAGUGGACUGUAUAAAACGAAACAGUAUCGAGAGACCGCCGCGAAAUCACGACGACAAUUUGUAAAACUAAAUGACUGCGACAUCGCCUAUACUUAUUAUAUGUUCGCACUACUAAUACAAUGAAUAAUAAUUAGCUUUCAUAUUUAGAUAAUGAUGCGAGUCGAUCCAUUGUUUUGUACAUACAGUAUUGACAUUUGAAAAUAAAAUAUUAAACCAAA